AUGAUCACAGAAAAGAAAGCAAAUGCCAUGGGAGGUAACACAGCUAGAGCUUGUGAUAGCUGUCUGAUUAAACGGGCUCGAUGGUUUUGUGCUGCUGAUGAUGCUUUUCUUUGCCAAAGAUGUGACGGCUCAGUGCACUCAGCAAACCAGUUAGCAAGCAGACAUGAGAGGGUUAAGCUCCAAGCUGCAUCUUCCAAACCCAAUCAGUCGACUCUACUGGCCGCGGACCAAUCUCCACCGGCUUGGCACAAGGGGUUCACACGCAAGGCACGAACUCCACGCCACAAUAAUAAGCCUCCAUUCAUGGCCAAAGAUGAUAAAGAGAAAGUAAGUUUAAACCCUCCUCUUCCUUUUGUGCCGGAGAUUGGAUGCGAAGAAGCUAAUUACAUGGAUGAUGAUGAGGAGAAUGAAGAUCUAGAGCAGCUUCUGUAUAGGGUCCCAAUCUAUGACCCUUUUGCAGCUGAGCUUUGCAACAUGUCAAGUCAUGAAGUUGGGAAUAGCACCAGUGCCAUUAAUCUUGAUGAUGAGGUAACUGAGAUGGGAAGGGGAAACCAUCAUGAAGUUGGUGAUGAUGAGGAGGAGAACAAUAAUAAUAAUUAUGGAGGAAAUGAGUUGGAUAAUUUGCCAGGCUUUCUACCAUCAGAUAUGGAGCUCGCUGAGUUUGCUGCAGAUGUUGAGAACCUGAUUGGUGGAGGACUUGAUGAUGAAGAUUCUGGUGACAUCAAAGGAGUAUUGGGACUAUUAGAUGAUAGCAAAUUAGAAGGAGAUGGGGGUGUGGAUGUUUGCAUGAAGAAUGUUGACAUAAAUGAAGACAGGAAAGCAGUGAAGGUUGAAGAGGAAGCUGAAGGAAUGGAAUUCAAUCCAUCAAUGCUGGAUUGGAACUCGGAUUAUGAACUUAGAUUAUCAUCAUCACCAUUGCCAAUGGGUGGUGAGGAGGAGGAGAAGGUGGUCUUCCUCAUGGGAGCUCAGAGUAGUGAUGAGGUGGCACUAAUGGAUAACAAGCAGAUGAUGAUGAAGAGGAAGAUAUGUUUGAGGCUUGAUUACGAGGCAAUCAUCACUGCCUGGGCAAACCAAGGCUCUCCAUGGACGACUGGAACUCGACCGGAGCUUAACCCAGACGAUGGCUGGCUAGACUGCAUGGGUAUGUGGGGGAGUGAUCAAAUUCAUCAGUCACAUGGACAUGGAGAGAGUGCAGGAUGUGUAGGUGGAAGAGGCGAUGACCGAGGAAGAGAAGCAAGGGUUUCAAGGUACAGAGAGAAGCGAAGGACACGAUUGUUUUCAAAGAAAAUAAGAUACGAAGUAAGGAAGCUGAACGCAGAGAAGAGGCCUAGGAUGAAAGGUCGAUUUGUUAAGAGGACAAGCGGCUCCAACUUUGUGGGGAGUAGUUCUAGUAAUAGUAGUAAGACUGCAGCAGCUGCAUUUCCCUACCUCAUCCAUCAAUAG